GCCGUGGAACGUGAGUCAUGAAAAGACAACUAAAGUUCGCUUUCUUUCCACAAGAGCGCCUGAGCCCGUUGUAGCUGCCGGGAGAAAGCCGCCACGUCACUGCCUACUUCCUGCUUUGGUUGCCCACCCCCAGGCCGAAUAUUUUCCCGGACAGUAGCGUCUGGGCUGCAGCUCAGCCGAAAGAGGCCGAGGUGGGAGCAACCAGGGACCGAGCGACCAAGUUGCUUGGCUGAUUGACUGUUUCCAUCGCUCUUCAACAUUCCCUUCGUUUUUGGAAUGUCAAGGGAUUCCUCUGGGAAGCUCCGGAAUGAAACUCUACAUUGACCCUCCAUUUGCUUGGAAAACAAUUCCCUCCUUUUCGAUUUUUCCAUUUUUCUGAACCAAAUGAGCAACGGAUAGCAUGGAAAAUAAUAGGGCAGAAUGAUGACCGAGGUAACUUUGCUUGUUAUUGGGAAAACGACAGCAAGAAUAUUUGCAGCACCCCUUUAAGGACUAUACUGGAGAUAUUUGUGCCUGUUUGCUGGGCAGUUUGCUUUGAUUACAUAAGAGAAAAGCUCAGGGAUAUAAGGAUUUAGUCAGUUUUAUUUCCAAGGAAAGGUGUGGAAAGUUGGUAGGCUAAGCCACUGGCCCCCGGUGACGACCAGCACUAAACUAUUCCCAAUAACAGGAUAACAAGGAAUGUUUUCUUCACCAUGACUGUACUGAUAAUUUUUACCAGUGUUAAUGAAUAUUGAAUCUAUAGUAGUAACAGCCUUAUCAAUGAAAUAUGUAUUAUGUGCAGCAGCCUAUGCUCUUACUUUAACAGAAUAAUCUAUUUUUUAAUUUGACUUGGGGGGAUAUUACUACUUUGUACACACAAAUUUAAGUAUUUGCUGAUCUAAAAACCAGCAGUCUGGUUGGAGCAAAAGCAUCCAUUUAUGGAUAACCAGACAAGAAGAAAGAUUUGGGGCAAUAUCUUAGGCCCAAGUAUUGAGCAGCAGCUGUAGAUCUUGGCGUUAAAGAAAGUCUACAUCUAGCAGGAUCUUGAGAUAGUUAGAAUCUGUCAUUAAAGUGUGUGCUUAACGGAAGUUCUUCAACUAUGGGAUCUGCUUCAUCUCUGGUUAAUCCAAUGGUCAUUGUUGGGGAGGUGAUUGAAGAUCCAUAUGAGGGAGGGGGUGGUGAGGCCUGCGAAAUUCCUGUUGAAGUAAAGCCCAAGGCCCGUCUUCUGCGAAGUUCUUUUCGACGGGUAGGUGCAUCCCGGCCUGGAGGCCUCAUUGGCGCAAGCUUCAAGUCUACUGCUUCUGUACAAGAGCUGGAAUACAUGGCAGAGUGUGACCGCCUGAAAAAAGAAUACGAGAUAUUUCGCAUUAGCAAGAACAAUGAGGUGGCUGCCAUGAUGAAAAAAGAGGCCAAGCUGGACAAGGAAAACAAGCGCUUGAGGGCAGAGCUUCAGGCACUUCAGAAAACAUAUCAGAAAAUCCUCAGAGAAAAGGAAAGUGCUGUAGAGGCCAAAUAUCAAGCUAUGGAAAGAGCAGCUACAUUUGAACAUGAUCGUGACAAAGUCAGGAGGCAGUUCAAAAUUUUCAGAGAAACCAAGGAAAAUGAAAUUCAGGAUCUACUGAGGGCCAAGCGAGAGUUUGAAGCAAAACUUCAGAGGUUGCAAGUUCAGGGUAUCCAAAUAUUUGAUCCUGGAGAAUCAGAUUCAGAUGACAGCUGUACAGAAAUUACUGCUGCUGGAGGUCAGACAGAAUAUUGGAUGGGAGGAGCCUUGGGAAGCGAGUCUUCCAUGGGCAGCAUGAUGCAGCUUCAGCAGUCUUUUAGAGGACCUGAGUUUGCACAUAGUUCCAUAGAUGUGGAAGGACCUUUUGCAAAUGUCAAUAGAGAUGAUUGGGAUGCAGCUGUUGCCAGUUUAUUGCAAGUCACUCCUUUGUUUUCUCACACUUUGUGGAGUAAUACAGUAAGAGUGUAUCUCAUUAACACUGAAGAGACUCGGUUGGAAGUAGACAUUUUCUUAAAGAAAUACUCUCCAAAACUUCAGAAAUAUUGUGAGACAAUGGAGUAUUUUUUUCAAGUUGUCUAUUUUCCAAUAGAAAAUGAGAGUUGUCUACAUGCUGUAAGGAAAUGGGAAAUUGAGAAAAGUUCUCUAAUAAUUUUGUUUUUACAUUUAAAUCUGCCAAGGCAUCUACUGGAUGAGUGUGAAGAAGCCUUUUUGAAAAACUCUGAAGGGAAGCCUCGGCUCAUUUACCACCGACUAGAAAAUGGUCAAGUCAGUUCAGAUUCUGUGCAGCAAUUAAUUGAGCAAGUUCAUUUUGUGAAUAAAGCAAAGAUCAUCAAUCACAUGGGAGGAUUAGAGGAAGGAGCAUAUGAAGUAUAUAGUUAUGUGGAAAAGAUUAUAAAGCAGGAUAUAUUGGGCUGUGACGUUUCACAUAUAGAAAAGAAAGAUGCGACUGGUGACUGUAGUGGUGACUGUUCAGUUCCUGAAGAUGAACUGUUUGGAGAUGUGCUAUGGGAUGCACAUGCUGAACAAGAACAAAUAGAAGCUUUCCAGCAGGCAUCUAAUUCAACAUAUGAGCUUGGAUUUGACAAAUAUUAUGAAAGUCUAAACGAUUUGGUGGCAGCCCCUGCACCAAUUCCACCCCUCCUUGUAUCUGGAGAGCCAGGAUCUGGAAAAUCUCUCCUUUUAUCAAAAUGGAUUCAGUUACAACAGAAGCAUUCUCCAAAUACACUCAUUCUCUAUCAUUUUGUUGGGAAACCAAUGUCGAGCAGUUCGGAGCCUACAUUGAUUCUCAAACGUCUCACUUUAAAACUUAUGCAAAAUUCCUGGUCAGUUUCACCUACUUCAUUGGAGCCAGCUAAAUUAUUAGAAGAAUUUCCUCGUUGGUUAGAGAAACUUUCUUCUCGCCAGCAAGGCAGCAUUAUAAUCAUUAUUGAUUCAAUUGAUCGAAUACAGCAAGCUGAAAAGCAUAUGAAGUGGCUGAUUGAUCCACUGCCAGUGAAUGUAAGAGUUGUGGUAUCUGUGAAUGUUGAAAGUUGUCCACAAGCUUGGAGGCUGUGGCCUACCAUUCAUCUUGAACCAUUAACUGUCAGCUAUAUGAAAUAUCUGAUUAAUGAAGAAUGCAACAAUGCAAGCCUGAAGCUGACCAAAGAACAGGAGAAGAAGAUUGAAAAACACAGUAAUUCUACUUCAACCUGCACUGCCCUCUAUGUCACUCUUUUGGGCAGAAUGAUGUCUGGAACCAAAAGUACAGAAGAUAUUGAUGUAUUUCUACAGAGGUGUUUUGAGUGCCAGGAUGUCAUGGCUCUUUACCAGCUAGUUUUGAGAUCAGUUGAAGAGUCCUUGAAAAGUGAUAAGGAGAAAAGACUCAUGAAAGAGAUUCUGUGCCUCAUCAGUGUUAGUCACAAUGGAAUCAGUGAAUCAGAACUCAUGGAACUCUGCCCUGAGCUAUCGUGGGAAAUGCUGGCCUCCUUAAUUUAUAGAAUGCACAAAAUGUGUAUCUUGACUUACAGAUGUGGUUUGUUAAGGUUUCAGCAUCUUCAGGCUUGGGAUACAGUGAAACUGGAAUAUAUAGAAGGAAGUCAGAAUGGUUUUGCCUCUCAUAGAGAAAAACUGAUAGACUACUUUACCAGGCAGUUGAGUGAAGAAAGAGUGACAUGGAGGAGUGCAGAUGAAUUGCCCUGGUUGUUCCAGCAACAAGGGGACAAGCAGAAGUUACAUAAAUGCUUAUUGAAUCUGUUUAUAUCUCAGAAUCUUUAUAAAAGGGGACAUUUUGCAGAACUACUCAGCUACUGGCAGCUUCUUGGGAAAGAUAAGAGCUCCAUGGCAGUAGAAUAUUUAAGUUCUCUGAAGUUAUAUGAGAAAAAUUGUGAAGGAGAAGAAAGCAUGAUCUGUUUGGCUGAUCUUUAUGAGACCCUGGGGCAAUUUCUAAAAGACCUAGGUCUUCUCAGUCAGGCAAUUGUUCCAUUGCAGCGCUCUCUGGAGAUUCGAGAGACUGCCCUUGAUCCAGAUCAUCCAAGAGUGGCUCAGUCACUUCAUCAGUUAGCUAGUGUUUAUGUGCAAUGGAAGAAAUAUGGCAAUGCUGAGCAGUUAUAUAAACAAGCACUUGAGAUCUCUGAAAAUGCUUAUGGAUCUGAUCAUCUCAGGAUAGCUCGUGAACUUGAUGCUCUGGCAACAUUAUAUCAGAAGCAGAACAAAUUUGAACAGGCUGAACAUCUUAGAAAGAAAUCCUUCAAAAUUCAGCAAAAAAUUGCAAGAUGGAAAGGCAGUUUGUAUGGAUUUGCUCUUCUUCGUCAACGAUCUUUGCAGCUGGAAGAGUUGACUUUAGGUAAAGAUACCUCAGACAAUGCUCGAACACUUAAUGAGCUUGGAGUUCUCUACUAUCUUCAGAAUAAUCUGGAGACAGCAGAACUUUUCUUGAAACGUUCUUUGGAAAUGAGAGAACGGGUUCUUGGACCCAGUCACCCUGAUUGUGCCCAGUCACUGAACAAUUUAGCAGCCCUCAACAAUGAAAAGAAGAGCUAUUCCAAGGCAGAGGAAUUGUAUGAGCGAGCAUUGAACAUCAGGAGAAAAGCAUUAGCACCUGACCAUCCUUCUUUGGCUUACACUGUGAAACAUCUAGCUGUGCUUUACAAAAAGCUGGGAAAGCUUGACAGAGCUGUUCCUCUGUAUGAGCUUGCUGUUGAAAUCAGACAAAAAUCCUUUGGUCCAAAACAUCCAAGUGUGGCUACUGCUUUAGUAAAUCUGGCAGUUCUUUAUUGUCAAAUGAAAAAAAAUCAGGAAGCGUUGCCUUUGUAUGAACGUGCACUGAAAAUUUAUGAAGACAGCUUGGGGCAUAUGCAUCCUCGUGUAGGGGAAACAUUAAAAAAUUUGGCUGUGCUAAGCUAUGAAGGGGGUGAAUUUGAGAAGGCUGCUGAGCUCUAUAAGAAAGCCAUGGAAAUUAAAGAAGAAGAAAUGCUGGUAAUGGGUGGAAAAGCUACUUCCCAUCACUCAUCAACUGGAGAUACACUCAGCAUUAAAAGUGCUUUUUCUCACAACAUGUAUUUUCAACAUGGACCAAGAUAAUGGAAAGUCGUAUAUUAAUCAUUAGAAGAAAAUAUUUUUGCUGAAAAGAAAUAAGGUUCCAUUUUAAAUGAGUAGAAAAAGUGAAGAGAAAAAAAGUUAAAGAUUUGUGUUAGUUUAUUAACACUGAUUUUGAGCAUAUUAUAUUCAGCUAAGACUUUUUUUAAAUAUUUGGCUAAUAUUUUUAAAAAAUUAUCUGUUUUGCCAGGGGGUGCCAAACUCAAUUUCAUUGGCUGCAUUAGCAUUAUGCCUGCCCUUGGGGGGCAGGUGGACGUGGCUAGGUGGGCACAUCCCAAUUGGGUAUGGCCACCUUGAUGGGAAAAGCGGGGAAUCCCCAUCCCUAAGAGGCAGCUGGCAGUCCGAAGCCUGUGCAGCACAGCUGGAAGCAUCAGGACCGCUGAGCUGACACUCCAAGCAGCAGACAGAGGCACCUGAUCAGGCCUGUCAGAUGCUCAGGCAGCCAUAUAUCCUGCAAGAUGUGCAGUCACCUGCUCCAUCCCAGCUGCAGCAGCCGCAGGCAAAAGACAGAUUGUGGGGUUGCGCUGAGGCAGCCCAGCUGGUUACCACCAUGCUGCAGCCCGUGUGCUUGGCCCCCUCUGUCAAACCUUAUCCUAUAGCGAGCCCGCUGCUUGUCCCCCAGCACCGAUGGCCCCGGUGAUGGGAAGAGAGAGUGGGGAGCAGACUCUGGAGGACGAGGUUGGAGGGAGGGGACUGAGUGUCCCACAUGUGCAGCAGAGUUAAAAGACAAACUUGGACAGAUCUACCCCCGCCCUGCCACCUCCCUCCCCUUGCCUCAUGGCAGCAGCACCGUAGCAAGUGAAGGGAGAGGCACACAAUUCAGUCCGGCUGCCUGUCCUAUCCCAGCUGUGGUGGCCACAGGCAAGCAAAGUCAGACAGUGGGAAUGGAGUGUGUGGGUGGGUGGCCACCCAGCCCUUCCAAUGGGCUGGAUCACAUGCUUCCUCAUGCCUCUGCCUACUGCUUAGGGCCAGUGUGGCGGUUGCAGCACCCCAGACCCACCUCCACUUUGUGUCCUGGGGAGCCCCUCAACUGAUGGGCUAUUGCCAGACACCAUUGGCAUGCUCACUGCCUCCUUUGCAUGCCUGGGGCAUCUUGCAGGAACAUUAAAUCUUUCACUGUUUCUGGGAUGGCCCUGCGGGCCAAAUUUCAGCCUUGUAUUUAACAUGUCUGGUUGAAGGCUUUGUUCCUGCCCUCAAACAAUAAGGCUGGUGCACAUGAGCAAGCAGUGAAUCUGGGCCAUGGACGGUGUUGUUUCCUGAGCCUAGCCUUAGAUUCCAUAGGGCUGCCCUGCCACCUCAGCCCCGCCCCCUGGUCACAUGCACAGGAAAUGGUGAGUGUGCAAGCACUGGAGUCCUGGCCGAAAGUGAAGCGCUCAGCCUGCACUCAGCCUUCGGAGUAACAUGGUCCCCUGGGGACACCAGACACCCCCCCAUGCAUGCACACCUUGUGUGCGCACCCAAGGGGCAGGGCUGGGGCAGCCGCUCGUGGGCUCCAAGGAAGUCCUGCAGAUCUAAGGUUGGUCACUUUCUGGCCCAGAUGGCUCCCAGCAGUUUGUAAAUCAAUGCCUGGUCAGCAGGGCAACCCUGCAGGGCAGAUCUAACCACCUCGUGGGCCAGAUCUGGCCCAUGGGCCUUGAGUUUGACACCCCUGCGUUAUGCUAUUAAUUUUUUCUACCUUUUUUAUUUAAAAACUCGAGUUGUUCUGUCCUCUGUUAAGUAAAUAGAAAUCAUUUAGUAGCCAUUUGGAUUUUUGGAUUGCCAUUUUUUUUUGUUGCAGAAAGAAGUUACAAAUGAAACUACGAAUUAACAGAACAAUUAUAGUUUGCAUAUUAUUGUAGAUAUGUAAAUCUCAAUGAGGUUUAUUUUUAAAAAUUGAAUGUAUAGUCAAAAUUAAGUAUUUGGCUGUUUAUACAGAUGAAUAUAGGUAGUCUUGUUAUGACAAUAAUUGACCCUAAAAUUUUGCUAAGUGAGGAAAUUUUUAAGUAACUUUUGCCCCAUUUUAGGACUUUUUGUUAAGUGAAUAUAUUGUUGAGAUAUUGUUAAGUGAAUCACUGCAGUGUUAAGUGAAUUAUGUGAUCAUUAAACGAAUCUGUC